UCUGGCUGCGUGGUUCGCCUGGGAUGGGGAAAACUGCGAUAUCUAUGAGUGUAGCUUCCACGCUUGACAAGCAGCACACCCUUGCAGCAUCCUUCUUCUGGGAUAAGAACCAAGAGGGAACAGGACUCGAUUCGAUAUCACGCUUCCCCUCCACCCUUGCCCAACAGCUUGCGGCAUUCAAUGCCGAGUAUCAGAACUCGCUUAUCAGGCAACUUCGGGAUCCCGCUUUAUUCAGCAGUAUUGAUGGUUCUCCUCUAGAGAAAGAGGUGAAAGCUUGGAUCAUCAACCCUAUGCGUGAACUUGGGGGUGUAUUGUCUUCAGAAAAGGGUCACCCAGUGAUCCUCCUUGGAACGAUUCCUGAGCAUGAAGUGCACUCGAUACUCAAGCCCCUUAGCUCAAUAAUUGAUAUACCUUCAGCGAAAAAAGGGCCUGUCAAAUUUUCCCACGCAACAGUGAAGGAAUUCAUCACCGGGAUUCCGAUUGGCAAGAAAGGGUAUUCAAUUGGGUUGCAGCUCCUCUGGUGUAUGAAUGGUGUCAUUAAAAGGAAUGAGUUCGGUCUCCCCACUGAACUUCCUUUGGGAGAUGAAGAAAAGUGGAAGUCUAGGAACAACACUCCGGCACCCAAGCAUGUCAACUAUGUGCUUACACACCUGUUCCAACACUUGGACCCUUUGCUCCUCUUUUCACAAGAGUCUAAUGAAUUGCAGAGAGAAUUUGAACAAUUUUGGACACAAAAACUUGAUCUCGUUCUUCCGAGCAGGAGGUAA